GAUAAAGGCUUCGCUUUCAUGAUUCAAUAGCUUCUUUCUUCUUCUUCCAUCUCCAUUAUCAUCACUCUCUCUCUCUUCUUUUGUUUCUGGGUUCGUUUUUUCUCUUCUUCUAUCUUUGUCUUUCUCUCUCUUUCCGAGGAAAAACAAAACAAAGACUCGAUUUUUAUUUCUCUUUUUCUUUUUUUUUGUUGAGUUCAAACAGUGAUUUUUUCCCCUUUUUAUAGUUGUCCUUGCUCAAGUUCUCCUCUAAUCUACUUGAGUCUCGGAAACAAAAACACUUGUUCGUGUUCUGUCUGAUUUCUACUUUGAAAAAAAGUGUUGAAAUUUGACAAAGAAGAGGAGGGUACCUACUACUCGAUGUUGUCUUCAUAAGAAGAGGUGAAAUCUCUGCGACUUUGAAGUUUUUUCCUUCUCCAAAAAGAAAAUGAAUUUCCGACAAGAGAAGUUUGUUAGGUUUCAAGACUGGAAGUCCGACAAGACCUCCGACGCGGAAUACUCCGGUAGAAACGAGCCACCACAACCAAACGGAAUCCUCCGGAGAACGAUAACCUCAAUCUCCGACAAGCUCCACAGAAGCUCCGCGAGCUUCAGGAGAUCCUACAAGUCCUACUCUUUCAAAGAAUCCCUCUCCAGAUGGAUCCAUUCCUCCCGCAAGAUCCUCGACCCUCAGGGACCCUUCCUCCAGAAAUGGAACAAGAUCUUCGUCCUCGCCUGCAUCAUCGCCGUCUCUCUCGACCCUCUCUUCUUCUACGUCCCCGUCGUCGACGACGCCAAGAAGUGCCUCGGCCUCGACGACAAGAUGGAGAUAACCGCCAGCGUCCUCCGCUCCUGCACAGAUAUCUUCUACCUCAUCCACAUCAUCUUUCAGUUCCGUACCGGCUUCAUCGCUCCUUCCUCUCGCGUCUUCGGGAGAGGCGUUCUCGUCGAGGACGCGAGGCAGAUCGCUGUGCGUUACUUGUCCUCUCAUUUCGUCAUCGAUAUUCUCGCUGUUCUUCCGCUUCCGCAGGUCGUGAUUUUGAUUAUCAUCCCGCAUAUGAGAGGCUCGAGGUCUUUGAACACGAAGAAUCUUUUGAAGUUUAUAGUUUUCUUCCAGUACAUACCGAGGUUUAUCAGAAUCUAUCCGCUUUACAAGGAAGUGACGAGAACCUCAGGGAUACUUACUGAGACAGCUUGGGCAGGAGCUGCUUUCAAUCUCUUCCUCUACAUGCUCGCUAGUCAUGUGUUUGGUGCUUUUUGGUACUUGUUCUCUAUCGAGCGCGAAACUGUGUGUUGGAAACAAGCUUGCAACAGAAACAGGAACAUCUGCGACAUCACUUCCUUGUACUGUGACCAUAGAGCCGCAGGAGGCAACGCUUUCCUCAACGAUUCUUGUCCUGUUCAGACACCGAACGCAACGCUUUUCGACUUUGGGAUAUUCCUUAACGCUCUUCAGUCGGGUGUGGUUGAGUCUCAAGAUUUCCCUCAGAAGUUCUUUUACUGCUUCUGGUGGGGUCUUCAAAACCUCAGUUCGCUCGGUCAAAACCUUCAAACAAGUACAUACAUAUGGGAGAUUUGUUUCGCUGUCUUCAUUUCUAUCUCAGGACUGGUUCUGUUCUCGUUCUUGAUUGGUAACAUGCAGACGUAUCUGCAAUCGACAACCACAAGAUUGGAGGAGAUGAGAGUCAAGAGAAGAGACGCUGAGCAGUGGAUGGCUCACCGUUUACUCCCCGAGAAUCUUCGGAAAAGAAUCAGGCGCUACGAGCAGUACAAGUGGCAAGAGACUAGAGGCGUUGACGAAGAGAAUCUUCUUAGCAAUCUCCCUAAAGACCUUAGACGCGACAUCAAACGCCACCUCUGUCUCGCCCUUCUCAUGCGAGUUCCUAUGUUCGAGAAAAUGGACGAGCAGCUCCUCGACGCGCUAUGCGACCGUUUGCAACCAGUGCUGUACACAGAGGAAAGCUACAUCGUGAGAGAAGGAGACCCCGUGGACGAGAUGCUCUUCAUAAUGCGCGGGAAGCUCCUGACGAUGACGACAAACGGUGGAAGAACAGGUUUCUUCAACUCAGAGCAUCUCGGCGCAGGCGAUUUCUGCGGCGAGGAGCUUCUGACAUGGGCCUUAGACCCGCACACAUCCUCGAACCUCCCGAUCUCGACGAGAACCGUCCGAGCUCUCGUCGAGGUCGAAGCAUUCGCGCUCAAAGCCGACGACCUCAAGUUCGUGGCUUCUCAGUUCAGGCGUCUCCACAGCAAACAGCUGAGGCACACUUUCAGGUUCUACUCGCAGCAGUGGAGGACUUGGGCGGCUUGUUUCAUACAAGCCGCGUGGAGGCGACACGUGAAGAAGAAGCUGGAGGAGUCUCUCAAAGAAGAAGAGAACAGGUUGCAGGACGCUCUGGCUAAGGAGGCUUGUGGAAGCUCGCCGAGCCUCGGCGCGACUAUGUACGCGUCGAGGUUCGCUGCUAAUAUAUUGCGGACUAUACGUAGGAGCGGGUCGGUGAGGAAACCUACGAGGAUGCUGCAGGAACGUUUGCCGCCUAUGCUGCUUCAGAAACCAGCAGAACCAGAUUUCAAUAGUGAUGAUUGAUUGAUUAAACACUACCAUGUAUAUGUAUAUGAUUGAUUGAACUUAUAAAAACAAAAACAAUUCAUUAAAAGCCAAGGAUAUAUAAAAAUAUUUAGUC